CGCUCUCAUUUCUAGUUGCCUUGUCAAUUUUUUGUAUGUUCACAAUUCAGAUGUUUUUGUCCACCCUCUCUCUUCCCCUUCCUUCCCUACCCCCCUCCCCUCUACUAAUUUGUUACAAUAUUGCUGCAUUUUCUAAACAUAAAAACAAGAAAAAGUACUCCAUUUCGGGGGGGAUUGAGCAGUUUGAUCAAGAAUUUUAACAUGGGUGGUUCUUCAUGCAAUUGGCUGAAAACAAUAAUCAGCUCCAAGGGAGUGAGGAAGGACCAUAUAUCCAUACAAGGAAAGCUACUGGCAUCAAACAACUUAGGACCCAAUAGCUGCUCGGGGAGUUCCUCCAUUCCAAGCAAGGAAUCCAAUGGAAUUAUGAGCAAGAAGUCUGGCCGAACCGGAUCAACAUUAUUAACUCAGGAUGUUGCUGCUGUCCGGAUUCAGACAGCUUUCCGGCGUUAUAAGGCAAGGAAGGCUCUAAAAGGAUUAAGGACAAUCAGAAGAUGUCAGGGAACUAUUGCAGCUGUUACGAAUGAUGAAAAGCAAGCGCUUUCCACACUGAAACAUGUGCAAUUCUGGACAAGAAUGCAAGGUGAGAUCAGAACUCGACGUCUUGGAAUGGUCAAUGCAGGUAUGAUUCAGCAGAAAAAUAAAGAAAACAGGAUGAAACUUGAGGCUAAGCUUCAAGAGCUAGAGGUUGAAUGGUGUGGUAGCUCUGAAACCAUGGAAGAAAUUCUCCAGAGGAUUCAACAGAGAGAAGUGGCGGCAGUUAAAAGGGAGCGCGCCAUGGCUUACGCCUUUUCUCAUCAGUGGAGAGCAAAUUCCAGUCAGUACUUUGGGCAGGCAUAUUAUGAUCUUGGAAAAGACAGCUGGGGAUGGAGCUGGAAGGAGAGAUGGAUAGCAGUACGACCUUGGGAGUGUAGAGUUGGACCAAAUCAAUAUUCAAAGAAAAUGCAUUCCAGGCAAGUGUGCAAGGCUGGAAAAACAGCAAACCCGAGCGCAAUGAGAAUCAUCGUGACAGUGAAGCCAUCUUUACCGAAUAGGAAAGAAAUUAAUCAAGCUUGACACAAAUCUGAUCAGAACGAUUGGUGUAGAAAGCCAUAUUCAAGAAACUCAACAUCUCAAAUGAUUUGGCAUGGAAUGCCACAGUAACUACUACUUUUUAUGGUUAGCUGGUGUUUGCGACUUUCAUUCUAUAAGAUUUAAUUUAUACUCAAGAUAUAUUAUGUCACUAUCCAUAAUUCCCAAAUCCAAGAGAUAUUUAAGUAGUUUUGAUUCUAAACUAAAGCCUACUUAUAAAUUAUGUAAAAUUAUUUUUGAUUAUGUAAACUAGGUCAUUACGUUUUUCAUUGGCUUGUGCUACCAGUGAGACCGCGAGACGUUGAAUGUCUCAUGCACAUGUUUUAAGAACUAAACUAAGACUGGGAUGAUCAGUAUACAAAAGGGAACCCCUCACUCAACAACAACAAAAAGUAGACAUCAUUUUGGAAAUGUACUACGAUUUGGUCAAGGGAGAAAUGUUUCAAUCAUAAGAUACUUUUCUCUAGUCUUUUCCCUCUAAAAUUUCUUUUUAAGCAAGUUCAAUUAUUGCGGUUGGAGAGCUAUUGCUGCUGUUACCAGUUAUGAAAAAUUUAGCAUUUUUCACUGUGGAACAUUUGCAUUUCUUGGCGAGAAUGGAAGCAGAGAUCAGAGCUCAUCGACAUUGGAUAGUGUGGUUAACUAAAAAAAUAUGGCAAACACUCAAUACAGAGGACUCUUUUGUCUCUUUUUUUUUUUUUUUUGUUGAAUCAAAAGAGGAAUAAGUUGUAGCUCCUACACUAAAACAUUUCUCGGGUGCGCCACUCCGAUAACAUUAUAGAAUAGCCAAUUUGUAACCCCUGGUGGUGGGAAUUCCAUCCUAUACAGGCCAGGUAAAUUUGACACCGCCAAGACAGCCAUGUACUUGGCCGCAAAAUUCUUCUCAUGAUGCACAUGUGACACCGUCAAGGCAUUCAUAUAGUCAGCCGCAAAACAGAUGACUCUGAUUACACAAAUUGAUGAACCAGAUGAUAGAAGUCUCUACUUCACAAUUUCAUAUGUACCAUGUUCUUCUGGAAUAGAUAUAUUCAUUUUCAUCUCUUGUUGCACCUGAAGAGUGGUCCAACUAAAAUAUGACAACCUUAUAAUAAUUCCUCAAUC